ACUUCUGCGAUGUCUACCGACGGAAUCUGCACAGCGAUCUGCUGUGGACUUUGUUGUAAGUGGUAUCCUGCCCGUCUGGUAGUGCGCAUCCUCAACAAGUACAGGUACCACGUUGUUCUCAGCACUAGCACCAUGGUGCAAUACGAGUGUGUGUCGAAGGGAUCAUCCUAUACGAACUAUAUCUCCGAGUUAAUUCGUUCUCAGCGAGAUGCGGAUGCUGCAACAGCAACAGCAACGCUGGGUGUUGUGGCUCAUGUUUCUCUGAAUCUUUCGACUCGGAUCCGUUUGACGAAAGCUCUAGCGCUGAAAAAACGAAGAACGCAAAGCAGCCUGAAGAAAGUAAGAAGAUGGUGGUGCCAACAUCAACGGAAGUGGGGAGUGCGAGUGAAUGAUCCACCCUAUUAUGAUUGAUCCACAACCACGUAUGUACAGAAUUUCCAGCGCCGGAGUCUUUGAAUGUACGUUCCGAUUAAA